UUCCGUGAAUCAAUGAAAAAGUCAAUGUAAACAAUCGCAGAGUCUGGGAUGGCAAAGUCAAAGAAAUUUUUGGAUUCUGUUUUUGAACAGUUUGAUUCAUAUGAUGAAGUAUGUGUGGAAUGCUUUAAUAUAUAUGACGAGGACAGAGAUGGAGCUUUAAACUUUGAUGAGUGUUCCAAGUUGAUCAGUGACUUACUGCAGUCAAAGACCUAUUCUGUCACUGAGGAACACAAAGAACGCAUCUUUUCUCUUCUAGAUGAAGAUAAGGAUGGACUAAUUUGCCAAGAAGACUUCCGCAGGUGUGGUUAUUAUUGGCUAAAACAGACACUAAAGCCUGUCUCGGCAUUUGUAAUUGUUGACGUACAGAAUGACUUCAUCGAUGGUUCCCUGUCGUUACAAAAUUGUCCGGCUGGUCAUGAUGGAGCAGAAGUUGUUCCGGUUAUCAACCAUCUGCUGGAUACAUGUUCAUUCGAUCUUGUUGUAUACACAAAAGACUGGCACCCAGAUAACCAUAUCUCCUUUAUAGAGAAUGUGAAGCAAAGGCCUAUUACAAAAUCAUGCAAGAUAAAAGCAGAAGAGGCUAAAGUGUAUGACACAGUGGAGUUUGAUGGUCCACCUCGAACAGAACAGAAACUAUGGCCUAAACAUUGUGUAAACGGUACCUGGGGAUCAGAACUACAUCCAGACCUGAAGAUUGUAGAAGGAGCAGAAUAUGUUAACAAAGGUUGUCAUUCUGAAGUUGACAGUUACUCAGCCUUCUGGGACAAUAAUAAACUCACACAAACAGACCUUGUAAGAAUACUCGCCAAGCAUAAAGUCACGGAUGUGUAUGUAUGUGGAGUGGCAUACGACGUCUGUGUUGGUUUCACAGCGAUUCAUUCUCUGGAGCACGGCUUCCGCACUAUACUCAUAGAUGACGCAUGCAGAGGAGUAGACACAGAGGCAAUAGAACAAACACAGAGAAAACUCGUAGACUCAGGUGGUAUCAUUGUACAUUCAUCAAAGGUUAAAGCAAUAGUGUCAGGGGAGGACAGACCUUCAGCUCUCGGUCUGCAAACAGCCAAAAAUGUGGCGCUGGCUCGGGAACUUGUGAAUAGAGGCAUCGUGAAAUAACGGCACUAUAUUGUAGAUCUGACACAGCUCAUGUAUACAUUGUAUAAUAGUCUGUUAUAGUAGAUCUGUCAUACUGUUUAAUAUGUUUAUGAACAAAUUAUUUGUAAGUUGUCAUGUUAACAGGGACCUUUUUUCAAAAUUUUUUCUCCCUCUUUAAUUCAUAAAAGAUAGAUUUUGGUUAAGAAAAUGUAUGCCUUAAAGUGUAUUAGUUUUUGGAUGUUUUUUAAAAAAGGGAAAAGAACCCCCUAAAAUAUAAAAAAUAAUAUGAUUUAUUUACAGUUGAUCCUGUGCAAAAGGCCACCUCAGAAUAAAGGCUGCUACUGUAAAACUUGCUAAUAAAGGCCACUAUUUUCAAACUUAACCCUUACCCUAUGCUAAAUUUCUAGAAUGAACUAGUUCAUCUUUCAAUUUAGACAGUACCAUUAACUGUUAAAAGGGUUGCUUACCUACAAGACACUGACUGAAUGGCAAACAGUGCAGACCAUGAUCAGUCUGCACGAAUGUGCAGGCUGAUCUUGGUCUGCACUGGUCGCAAAGGCAGAAUCACUUGCCGGCAGCAGGCUAAGGGUUAACAACAAAUAUUGUAAAUUUACCUUUGUUUACAUGUCUUGAAAGAUCACACUUUUCAUUUCCAAAAGGUGGUCUUUACAGACAGGUUUGACUGUAUUUCAAAUUUUAUUUCUCUACCAGAGAUGAAAUAGUCUCUUUUGAUGUGACAACACUAAGUCUUGUUUCUCUCCCUUAGAUCUGUCAAAAUGAUUAACCUUUGAUCAUGUUUGUAAUCAUGUCAGAAUAAUGGACAGGCAUUGAAAAAUGCACAUUGUCUCACAUUUGUGGGUCAACUCUAGCACAAACAUGUUAUAAAACUGAGUUUUGAGACUAGUCUUAAAAUGCAGCCUUGCCAUUGGUCAGUGUUGAGAUUUAGCCCAGAGUAAGCCAAUCAAAUGCAAGGAGUUGGGACUGGUAUCCAAACUAAAUUUUAUAACUUAGAGGCCUUGAGUUAUUUUAGGGCUGUAUCUAUACAGACUUUUUUUGGCAUUAGCUCAGUUUUGAGAUAGUUUAAGUGAUGGAUAUGUUUUUCUUAAAAUUUACACAUUAUUUGAUAUUCUGUACAACUUUAGAAUGGCCAAAAGCUUGUUUGUUGAUGACAUGUUUAUGUAGAAGUUAUAUUUCAUCCUGUUUGUGUUCAUACUGUUCAUCUAGUCCAGAAUUACAGUAAACCUCGCUUAUAAGGAACAGCUAGGGACCUUUAAAAUUUGUUCCUUAUAACCGAGGUUCCUUAUAUCCGUAUAGCGAAUUAGUUCCUUGUAACCGAGGUUGGUAUAACGGACACAAUUUGUAUAGCAAACACUAUUUGAAUAACGUUUGAAAAUUGCUACGUGUUCUAACUCCGGGCCGACCAUGAAUCUUUAUGUGAGAAAUUUGCGAGUCUCUGACCAUUCUUUAUCUUGCACAAGGAAAUUCUACACUUAAAAUGAGCAAACAAACCAGCCAAGAGAAUAUAUUUCGUAUCGUAUCCAUUUUUAAAACAAUGUGAGCCAGUUAUUGUUUAAUUGAUUCGGGAACGGCCAUGAAAAACAACACAAUCAAGCCUGUGACUGUCCUGCAAACAGCCUAAUUUCAAUCAUCAUGUAAUCCAAUUAUCGCGAUUAACGGUGAACUCAAAACCCUUAAGUACACCACGAGUUAAAAACCAAAUUAUUUGUUACAUAAUCGGAGUGGUUUGACGCACACAAUACAGCAUGUACCUUAUUCAACCAUUUACCUAUUGGAAAAUGUGGAUCUCUGACUGACCAGGAGCAAAAAGAGUCAUCGUUAACUCUGCCUUUUGAUCGACAGGCGCAAUUAAUUUAUUGUGUAUUGAUCAAGCAGGCGCAUGGUAAAAAAUAUGCGUCCCAGGGAAUCGCGUCUGGGAUUUUCUAGCGUUCUUUUCAAAAAAGUAUGCGUCCAAAUAAAUAAUGCAGAAUUAAGCGUGUUGUAAUAUUCAGUUAGGUUGAUUAUAAUACUUUUUGUGAGUCUCUACAAAUGUAGGGAUAUAAAUAAAACAGUGCGUUAUCUACGAGUAUAUAGACUGAAGCAUAAUACAUAAUCGUCUAGUAUUUGGUAAAUGUUUAAGAUGAUAUUAUAGUUUUUCAAUUUAUCGUAUCCGUGAAUUUAUAAACUAUAGAUCAUAGUAAUGAAAUAAUUUGGGUUUUUGUGCGUGAAAGUGCCGAGGUUACUCUGGCAUCAUUAGCGAUUCACUUGUUUAUUUCCGGUUUUAAUAAAAAAAAAUUCUGUUCGCUAUAACCGAGGUGUUUUCCAUUGAAUUUCGUACUUUGGGACAGGAAAAGGUGUUCCUUAUAACCGAGUGUUCCUUAUAACCGAGUUCCCUAUAACCGAGGAUUUUUACAUUGAAUAAAGAAGGAAUAAGAUCGGGGAAUUGAAAACUGUUCCUUAUAACCGAGUGUUCCUUAUAUCCGAGUUCCUUAUAAGUGAGGUUUACUGUACAUAUUGUAUGUUGUUUUAUUCACUACUAUGAGUUACAUUAUACAUGUACUUAAACACUUUUUUGAUGUUGCAAAUUAGAAGAAAAGAAAGGGAAAACUGAGAAAAACAGCAGUUUCAUCAAAAAUGUUUUUAUAAAAAAAUGAGCACAAGUUAUGACCAAAAUAUCUACUGAAUUUUAAUAUGAACUUCUUUCAAAGAUUAUAGGGCUAUACCAUGUAUAUAUUUUUGCAGGCAAAAAAGGGAGUAAUUUUUUAUGAGGAUUUGCUUUUAGGGUAAACUAAAAACCAUUGUUGUUGAUGUGGGUUCAGGUGAAAAAUUACCUACAGAUGAGAGUUUGUUGAUCAAACUUUUUAGAGACUUGUGUUAAAUCAAAAAAAACAUUCCAUAUUGACAUCGUAUAUUUUGUACCAAUAUUGUUCUGUAUUUUUCAUGUAAAAUAGAAGAUUUAGAUGAUUCAGGUUUUACUUUAUAUAUAUUAUAUACUUUGAAUCUUGCAAAAAACAUGCUAAACCUAAACAAAUGAAUAAAAAAAACUUCUUUGAGAUCCACUGAAUAUUCUUCUAUAAUGUUUUCAUAUUAUUUUAUAUUGAAUACAUAUACAUGUACUAAUACUGGUAUAUAGUUAGCAUUUAUCAUUAUAAAUUAGUCCAUAGCACGUAAUGUUGAAAUAUUUAUCCAUGAGCACUUGUUAGAUGUGGUAUCAAAUAAUGGUCACAGUAACAGUUUUUUUUGUAAAUUUUUCAGUGUUGGCCUAAUUGGUGUAAUUUUAAAAAAAAUCUCUAGGCAUGCAAACACAUAGUCAUUAUUUCAUUGAAAAAACCUAUAUUUUCUAUUUGCAGGUGGUUGUGGAUCUCUUGAUGUAAAUAUUAAGCCAAACUCAUUUGCCAAAAUAUACUAAAACACAGAUAUUUGUAUUGAUAUUUUACCAUAAUAUGCACACAAAAUAAUCAUAAUAUGUUGUCAAGAGUGACAGUCCUUAAUAUUUCAUUUAUUGAUAAUUGUUGAUCUUAUUUUUUGCAUAUGUUUUAAAUGCUGCCUGGUGGAACUGGAAGACAUACAUGUGUGAAUCAUGAAAUUUAGGAAUAAAGAAGUUUCAUUUUAAUUAAAUAGCUAUUGUUAACCCUUACCAUGCUGGACUUGAUUGAUUCUGCCUUUGCGACCAGUGUAGAUCAUGAUCAGCCUGCACAUUCAUGCAGUCUGAUCAUGAUCUGCACUGUUUGCCAUUCAGUCAGUAUCCUUUUGGAAAGCAUCCCUUUUAACAGUUAAUGGUGCUGUCCAAAAUGAAAAAAGGAAAAGUUCAUUAUCAAAAAUUUAGCAGGGUAAGGGUUAAAAUGGUAUUUUGGGAUUGUCUGAAAGCAAUAGAAGUGUUUUGUUGUUAGCUUUUUCAAAGAAUUCCAGACAGUGGUAAAAAUGUUGGUAUUAGAUUGUAAUGAGUUUUUAUGCCAACUACAUGUACCUUUAAAGAACAUGGGGUAGAUUGUUUUGUUUUGCUGGUUGGUCAGUCUGUCUUUCUGUCUGUCAGUUGGUCCACUUAGCUAGAGAAAAAUUUGGUCAACAGUAAUCAAACUUUAUUGGAUGAUUGCCUAUGGUCAGUAAAUAAUCUUUUUGGGGGUCAUUUGGUCAAAAUUGAAGUAACCAUGAGGCAGGAAGGGAUUCUGAUCAUUAACUCCUGCUAUGUCACACUUUUUAGAAUGAUUUCCUCUGCAUACUAGAUGAUUCCAAUUGUUUUGGGGGCCUCAAGGUCAUAUGGUCAAUAUCUCAAUGACCUUGAGACUGGAAACGAUUCAUUCACAAUACAGAGAGAAAACUUGUGACUACAGCUAUUAAAUUUCAUAGCACAUUUGUCUAUGGCCAUAAGGUGCCUCCUGCUUUUUAAGUAAUCAAGAUUUCAAAGGUCAACAUGACCUUGAUCAUUUGCUAGAGAAUGCUUGACAUAUAGCCAUCGAACUUCAUAGCAAGAAGAUCUGCAAUCACAAGAUGAUCUUUGGGGUGGGGGAGGGGGUCAGGGGAUUAAAUGUCAAGGUCAUAGUGACCUGAAGACAGAAAAUGGUUUCCAACCAGUAACUGUAGUGUUUUGACCUUGGACUAUCAAACUUCAUGGGAAGCCUGCUUUUGGUCAGUAGAUGACCAGUAUUGUCUUGGAGGUCAAUAUGUCAAAGGUUUAGGUUACAGAGACCUGAUGAUUUGAAAGAUUUUCCCAAUCAGUAGCAAGGCAAAGCUUGGGCAUACAGCUGUCAAACAUGGUAGCACGAUUGUCUAUUGUCAGUAGGCUCCCCCCCCCCCCACCCCCAACCCCCCUGUGUUAUUUUAAGGGUUAUGAGCUCCACAGUUCAAGGUCACAGUGACCUUGAGACUAAAAUAGUUUAGGAUCCUUAGCUGGAGAACACUUUGAUCUGUGACAAUCUAACUUAAUAGCAUGGUUGUUUUGUUUCAGUAGAUCACCCCUGUCAAGGUCGUAGCAGGGUUAAGAGUGAAAAUUUCACCAGACUAUCUUAGAUGGGUUACAUAUGUUUUACAAACAGCUCUUGUUAUUUUUAGGAUGUAAUAUUAUAGAUUUAAACAUUUUAAAGGAUUUUGGCUUUUGGAGACUACAGUAUCUCUAUUGACAUUUACAUUUUCUUAUUGCUUGUAAUGAGUUUUUAAUAAAAUGCAUGAGUUAUAUAAAACUCAUUUUACUUUACAUGUCUGUAUUUAGCUGUGAUUUUCACUUAUGUGAUAUUAUAAAAAUCAGAAAUUGUUUUUAUGAUAUUUUAAUGAUAUUCUAAGGCCUACUGAAUAUGAACUAUCCACUUUCUGUGAUAUAUUUUCUACAUUCCCCUCUUUUAUUCAGUUCCUCUGUGUAGGUAUAUUCUGAAAUAGCAGAAAUAUCUGCGAGGGAUUAUUUUUGCAUUUUCUGUUUUCCGCAUGAACAUUAACACUACUCCACAUAAUGAUUGAUUUAACCCAAAUUUAACACAUCUCAGCAGAAUAAUUUGAAAAAAACUAUAACAAUCAGUUACUUUGUAGGUACAAUAUUCUUUUAUCAUAUCAAGGAGUAUUGCAUGAGUGUAUAGUUUUGCAUGAAUGGCUUGAAUUUGAAAGGGAAAGGCAAUGGAGUUCUUAAGAUAAUUCUGUCUGUUAGGUUAUCUUACAUCAUGGAUUUUCAAAAUCAGCUUUAAAAUGAGCAAGUUAUGAGCAUUUCAAUAUUGGAUCAAAAUGACAGUUACUUUGUUUCCAUGGCAACACUGAACAAUAUGUAGGAUUUAUUACUUUUCUAAACAUUUAUUUGACCUGUAUUUCCUGACUUAUGUAAAAUAAUUUCAAUAUUUUUUCCUACUAUAAUAAAAGAAAUUAUCAUGUUUUACAUAAACUCAAGAAACUUUAGAAAUUAAUCUGUUAAGUAGGUUAUAUACUACUUAAAACACCAUAUAUUUGAGAACUACAUGUCAUAACGAUUGGACAGGUUUCAGAGAUUUUAUUUUGGAUCUACUGGUUUCGGUCUACAAUGACCUUCUUCAGUAGGUUAUUUGAUAAAUAUAGAACUCAGCAGUUUGGACACACUAAUAUAGUCAGCAGUUCUCUUAAAUUUCAGACUGCUAUAUCUUUUUCAAUGGAGAUCUUACUUAAAAUUCUUUUAGCUAUAUAAUAGGCUGGAGGAUGGCUUUCAUAUAAUACAAACUUAUUGUCAGACAUUCCUUGCCCUUUAAUUCAGAAUAUUCAUCUAAAUACUGCAGUUGAACAGUACAUUAAUAUUCCCAAGGAGAGCUUAGAUGACCUGAGAUUAAUGUUUUUGUGUUACUAGUAUUAGUAAGUCAAUUCAGGUUGCUUUAGGAAAGCCUAGUUGUUAAGUUAGAAUUAAGAAAAUGAGCAGUCUAGCCGUUCAGACAAAUAGCUGUGAUUUGGCUAUCAGUGUUGUACUUAAUCUGUUAGACUGAUUUGUGAUUUAAUAUCAUUAUAGAUUAUUUAUAAAUUUGUCAGUCUUGGUUUUGUAAAAAAAAAUAUGCAUGUAUUUUACUUUGUUCAUUAUGAAUAUUUCAUUUGUUUAAUUUUACCAUUUUAACUGAUCUUCUCCAACUAUUGCUUCUCAGCAUUGGUUGCAGUCUUGAUGUCCAUAAUUUAGUGCUUGCUUUCUGAUAAACUUUUCUCUGAACUGGAUACUGAGAGUUACUAAAUCUAUUUUUAACAGUCAAAACCUAAAAUGCAAUGAUGUCUAAAGAUAUAAUUUGUGUGUCACAUUUUAAAUAAUCAGUGCAUGCUUAAUGGUCAUCCCGCUGGGUCAAAAACAUGAUCACUUGAUCAAUGUGUAGAUUUGAUGUAAGGUGUCUUGUUGACAACCCUUAUAUGAUUAUUACUGUAGAUUUCAACCUAGGUUUUUAUCAUGGUGUACAGUUAUUGACUGUUGGGCCGUUUAAUAUGAUGUCAUAUUCACCAGAAGAAGGCAAUAUUGACAUAACAUACUAUAUAUUUGAUGGACAUUAUUAAUAACAUACCAAACAGUAUUUUUUUCUCAAUUGAAACAGGCCUGGAUCCAGGGGUAGGGGGGAGGACACCAAUUUCAAAUGAAGUUGUCACCAUGGAGGCACAUAGCACCGAGAGGGGGCUCACCGCUUGUAUUGGUGGGGCGGGGGGGGGGGGGGGGGGGCAGUCAAGGGGUGUCCUGUAAAUUUUUUAAUAUGUAUGAAAUUGUGGCCUCUGUUUUGGUUUUUUUAUGCCCCCGAUGGGAGGCAUAUUAGUUUUCAACUGUCCGUCCGUUCGUCACAACGUUAACUUUUUACAUGAAAGCACUUUACUCGCGAACCACUGCACCCAGGACAUUCAAACUUCACCUGCUGAUAGUACUUAUUGAGUACACGACCCCUAAUGACAUUGGGAUCACCAGGUCAAAGGUCAAGGUCACAGGGGUCAAUGUUAACUUUUUUCAUGAAGGCACUUUACUUGCGAACCACUGCACCCAGGACCUUCAAACUUCACAUGCUGAUAGUACUUAUUGAGAACACGACCCCUACUGACUUUAGGGUCAAGGUCACAGGGGCCAGUGUUAACUUUUUGCAUGUCCGUUCAUCACAACGUUAACUUUUUGCAUGAAGGCACUUUACUCAUGAACCACUGCACCCAGGACCUUCAAACUUCACAUGCUGAUAGUACUUAUUGAGUACAUGACCCCUACUGACUUUAGGGUCAAGGUCACAGGGGCCAGUGUUAACUUUUUGCAUGUCCGUUCAUCACAACGUUAACUU